CUGGACCAAGAAAAUCAAGAGAGGAGGCAAGAUAAGAUCCUGAGUCUGGAUUCCCACAGAAAUCUUCACCAUCUCUAUCGAAAUCAAAACCUUGGAAAUGCUGAAGAAGAAGAAGAGGAAGAAGAAGGCGAUCGUGAGCCGAACCACAUCUCCCUGAAAACCCCCCACGAGCCUCCGACGGCGUCGUUUCAGGAGCUCUUCCACCAAACCCACCUCCUUUACGGCCGCCAACCGCCGCCGCCGCCGGAAACGCUGCUUCCCCCACCUCCGCCUCCGCCUCCGCCGCCAAAGAAGCGGCCGUACUUCCCUAUGUUCGAGGGAGACGGCCACCCCACCCCGCCUCCGCCUCCAUCGGGGACCGCCGCCGCCGAAAUCGUGGCGGUGCAAGGCGGCCACAUCGUGCGGUCCACCGGCCGGAAGGACCGCCACAGCAAGGUCUGCACGGCGAAGGGCCUCCGGGACCGCCGAGUCCGCCUGGCGGCGCACACCGCCAUACAAUUCUACGACGUGCAGGACCGCCUGGGCUACGACCGCCCCAGCAAAGCCGUCGACUGGCUCAUCAACAAGGCCAAGGCCGCCAUCGACGGGCUCGCCGAGCUUCCCGCCUGGCACCCCGCCGCCGCCGCCACUUCCUCCGUGCCGGAAAAUGCCCGGAAAAAGAUCCAACAGCAGAACCAGCCGCACGACACGGCGGUUUCCGGGAACGAGCACGUGUCGGGGUUUCUGCCGCCGUCAUUAGACUCCGACGUGCAGUUUCAGAGUUUCCCGACACACGAUUUGUUCUCGAGAAACAGCAGCAGCAACAAUAACAGCCAGGAUUUGAGGCUCUCUUUGCAGUCGUUUCAAGACCCGAACUAUAUCCACCACCAUCCACAACCCGAACAGCACGCGCAGUCUCAGGGACAGCCGCACGUCCUUCUGACCGGAAUCCCGCUCGGAUUUGACGGCUGGCGACCCCUGCCGGAAAACCUCCCUUCUUGGAAUUCCGGCGAUGUUGCAGGCGGCGACUAUAACCAGUUUCUUAACAAUUCACAGAGGGGACCCCUUCAGUCCAGUAACACACCUUCGGUUCGUGCUUGGAUGGACCCACCGGCGGCCAUGGCCGACCACCACCACCACCAGGGAACUUUGCCGGUUUAUCCCCCGUCGUCGUUUUCCGGCGGCAUUGGCUUCUCGGGAUAUGCUGGGUUCUCUGGAUUUCACAUCCCGGCACGAAUUCAGGGUAGCAAGGAAGAGCACGAUGGAUACUCAGACAAGCCAUCCUCUGCUUCCUCCGAUUCCCGCCAUUGA